AUGACAGCCUCAUACAAACCAAAGCAUGCAACUCUUCCCAAGCAUUUUUUGGGACUUAAUUCCGUCGAAGUCGCCGAGCCCUCUGAGGUGAAGGACUUUGUCGUCAAACACGAAGGACACACAGUUAUUCAGAAAGUGCUGAUUGCCAACAAUGGUAUUGCAGCCGUGAAAGAGAUCCGCUCGGUGAGAAAAUGGGCCUACGAGACAUUUGGCAACGAAAGAGCCAUCCAAUUCGUCGCCAUGGCCACUCCCGAGGACCUCGACUCUAAUGCCGAUUACGUCAGAAUGGCCGACCAAUACGUCGAAGUUCCUGGAGGAACGAACAACAACAACCAUGCCAACGUGGACCUGAUUGUCGAGAUUGCAGAGAGAACCAAAGUGGACGCUGUCUGGGCCGGUUGGGGACAUGCCUCCGAAAACCCAGAGCUGCCUGAGAAGCUGGCUGCGUCUCCGCGUAAGAUCGUCUUUAUUGGUCCGCCAGGGUCCGCCAUGAGAUCGCUUGGUGACAAAAUUUCUUCAACGAUUGUGGCCCAGCACGCCAAGGUGCCGUGUAUUCCAUGGUCUGGAACAGGCGUCGACAAGGUCACCGUCGACGAGCACGGAAUCGUGUCUGUCGACGCCGAAACCUAUGCCAAGGGAUGCUGUGAGGGUCCUGAGGAUGGUCUUCGAAAGGCCAAGGAAAUCGGGUUCCCAGUUAUGAUCAAGGCCUCCGAAGGAGGAGGAGGUAAAGGUAUCAGAAAGGUCGAGAAGGAGGAAGAUUUCAUCACCUUGUACCACCAGGCCGCUAGCGAGAUCCCAGGAUCGCCGAUUUUCAUCAUGCAGCUGGCCGGCUCCGCCAGACAUUUGGAAGUGCAGCUGUUGGCCGAUCAGUACGGAAACAACAUCUCGCUUUUUGGCAGAGACUGUUCUGUGCAGAGAAGACACCAGAAGGUCAUUGAGGAAGCGCCAGUGACGAUCGCCAAAGAAGACACAUUCAGACAGAUGGAGGCUGCUGCCGUCAGACUGGGUAAACUGGUCGGCUACGUUUCUGCCGGUACUGUCGAGUACCUUUAUUCGUAUGCAGACGACAAGUUCUACUUUUUGGAGCUGAACCCUAGAUUGCAAGUCGAACACCCAACUACUGAGAUGGUUUCUGGCGUGAACCUGCCUGCCACGCAGUUGCAAAUCGCCAUGGGUAUUCCUCUGCACAGAAUCAGAGACAUUCGUUUAUUCUACGGAGCCGAUCCUCACACCGCCACAGAGAUCGACUUCGAGUUCAAGAACGAGAACAGCGUGACGUCGCAGCGCCGGCCUAUCCCCAAGGGCCACUGUACCGCGUGCCGUAUCACCUCAGAGGACCCCAGCGAGGGAUUCAAGCCGUCGAGUGGUACGCUGCACGAGCUGAACUUCCGGUCCUCAUCCAACGUGUGGGGUUACUUCUCGGUCAGUAACCAAUCCUCGAUCCACUCCUUCUCCGACACGCAGUUCGGUCACAUUUUUGCGUUUGGAGAAAAUAGACAGGCGUCGAGAAAACACAUGGUGGUUGCAUUGAAAGAGCUCAGCAUCAGAGGUGAUUUCAAGACCACCGUCGAGUACCUGAUCAAGCUGCUUGAGUCUCCAGAUUUCGAGGACAACACCAUCACCACUGGCUGGCUGGACGAGCUGAUCAGCAAGAGACUCACGUCGGAGAGACCCGACCCUCACGUUGCCGUGAUUUGCGGUGCGGUCACCAAGGCCCACCAGGCAUGCGAGGAAAACAAAAAGGAGUACAUUGCCUGUCUUGAGAAGGGACAGGUGCCAGCUAAGGAGUUGCUCAAGACCAUCUUCAACGUCGACUUCAUCUACGAGGGCCAGAAAUACACUUUCACGUGUGCAAAGGCGGCAGAGGACAUGUUCAGCUUGUUCAUCAACGGCUCCAGAUGCGUGACGAAGGUCAAGGCCCUCGCGGACGGCGGUCUGCUGGUUGCCCUAAGCGGCAAGUCGCAUUCUGUCUACUGGAAAGAGGAGGUCGGGGCUACCAGAAUCUCUGUGGACGGCAAAACUUGCUUGCUAGAGGACGAGAACGAUCCUACCCAGCUGAGAACGCCGUCUCCAGGUAAGCUUGUGAGAUAUCUGGUGGAGAACGGCGGACACGUGACUGCAGGCAAGCCGUUUGCCGAGGUCGAGGUGAUGAAGAUGUUCAUGCCGUUGGUUGCUCAGGAGAACGGUAUUGUGCAGCUGUUGAAGCAGCCGGGCUCUACUCUUGCUGCGGGCGACAUUUUGGCCAUUUUAUCUCUGGACGAUCCGUCCAGAGUGAAACAUGCUCUGCCGUUUGACGGCACUCUUCCAGACCUGGGCGACCCUAUUGUUAUCGGUACUCGCCCUGUUCACAAGUACCACAAGCUGCUGAACGUGUUGACCAACAUUCUGGCCGGUUUCGACAACCAGGUGGUGAUGAACGCCACGCUGACGGACCUGAUCCAAAUAUUAAAGGACCCAGAGCUGCCAUACUCUGAAUGGCAAAACGUGAUAUCUGCUCUGCACUCGCGUCUGCCGGCCAAACUGGACCAGCAACUGACCGAGCUGAUUGAGAGAAGUCACAGAAGAAAGGCAGAGUUCCCUGCCAGACAGGUUUUGAAGCUGUUUGAGAAGGCCAGAGCAGAAGGCCAGCUCGGAGCGCUUCUCGAGCAGGCCAUCGAGCCACUUCUUGAGAUUGCCCACGGCUACCUAGAGGGCCUGGAGAGCCACGAGUUCUCUGUGUUUGCCAAGCUUCUGAUGGAGUACUACAAUAUUGAGAGUCUAUUCAGCGGCGAGAACACGAGACUCGAGGACGUGAUCCUGAGACUUAGAGAUGAGAACAAGAACGACCUCAGCAAGGUGGUGACGUAUGCGUUGUCGCACUCGAGAAUCGGCGCCAAGAACAACCUGAUUGUCGCCAUUCUCGACAAGUACAGACCGGUUUUGCAAGAGAAUCCAGAGGCGCUUCGGAUUUUCAAGGAGCCCUUGAAGAAAAUUGUCGAGCUUGAUAGCCGGGCGACCGCCAAGGCCACGCUCAAGGCCAAGGAGGUUCUCAUUUUCUGCUCCCUGCCAUCCAUCAAGGAGAGAUCUGACCAGUUGGAGCAUAUUCUAAGAACAUCUGUUGUGGAGACGAGGUACGGCGAGACCACUGCUGCGAAGCACAGACUUCCAGAUAUGGAGGUUAUCCGUGACGUGAUCGAUUCCAACUACGUUGUGUUUGACGUGCUGACGCAGUUCCUGUGUUCUGCGGACCCGUGGAUCGCUGCUGCUGCUGCAGAGGUGUACAUCAGAAGAGCCUACAGAGCUUAUUCGGUGACAGAAGUCAAACACCAUCUUUCGUCGUCAAACAGCUCUCCUGUGGUGUCGUGGCGAUUCCAGCUGCCUGCGCUGUCGACAGCAGCAUACAACUCUGUUCCCGACUCCAUCAGAAACUCCAAAUCUACGUCGAUGAACAGGGCCGUCUCCGUGUCGGACCUGACGUUCAUGAUCAACAAGGACGACUCGCAGCCUCUGCGGACGGGUAUUCUUGUUCCGGCGGGCCAUUUGGAUGACGUCGAGGACAUGCUCAGCAGAGGCUUGGAGCUGGCAGAAGUCGGCGCGGGGCAAGACCCGAUCAACGUGUGCAACGUCUUUGUGCAGUCGACGGAGGGCUACGACACCGAGGAAGAGGUUUUGAAGCAGAUGGCCGAAAUCGUCGACUCGAUGAGACACGAGCUACACGACGCCCUGAUCAGAAGACUCACGUUUGUGCUGACCGACCACGUUGGCACGUAUCCAAAGUAUUACACGUUCAAAUACUCUGACGGUGCCUACAUCGAAGACCAGGUCAUCAGACACAUCGAGCCGGCGAUGGCGUUCCAGCUGGAGCUUGGCAGACUGUCAAACUUCCACAUCAAGCCGGUGCAGACCGCCAACAGAAACAUCCACGUGUACGAGGCGGUGGCCAAGAAUUCGUCUGGCAUCGAUAAGCGGUACUUCACCAGGGGAAUUAUCCGCACGGGCUCGAUCAAAGAUGACAUCACGGCGCCCGAGUACCUGACUUCGGAGGCCCACAGACUUAUGAGCGACAUUUUGGAUGCUCUUGAGAUCAUUGACACCUCCAACACCGACCUUAACCACAUCUUCAUCAAUUUCUCGGCCGUCUUCAACAUCACACCUGAGGACGUGAGAAACGCGUUCGGCGGCUUCCUUGAGCGGUUCGGCAGAAGACUCUGGAGACUCAGAGUCACCGGCGCAGAGAUCAGAAUCAUGUGCACGGACCCAGAGACAGGCGUGCCGUUCCCUCUCAGGGCCAUCAUCAACAACGUCAGUGGCUACGUCGUCAAGUCAGAAAUGUACAUUGAAGAGCGCAACGCCAACGGCGAGUGGAUCUUCAAGUCCCUGGGCACUCCGGGAGCCAUGCAUCUCAGAGCCAUCUCCACCCCGUACCCAACUAAGGAGUGGCUGCAACCAAAGAGACAGAAGGCCCACAGUCUGGGAACCACGUACGUGUACGACUUCCCAGAGCUUUUCAGACAGGCAGUGCACUCAUUGUGGCAGAAAUAUGACCCUAGUGCCAAAGUCGGUGACGACGUCUUCAGUUACCUCGAAAUUAUCACCGACGAGGCCGGAAACUUGACUGAGGUCGAAAGAGAACCGGGAGCAAACACCAUCGGUAUGGUUGGUUUCAAGAUGACCGCCAAGACACCAGAAUACCCAAGAGGAAGACAGUUUGUGGUGAUUGCCAACGACAUCACGUUCAAGAUUGGCUCGUUUGGUCCAAAGGAGGACGUUUUCUUCCACAAGUGCACGGAGCUGGCCAGAAGUCUGGGAAUCCCUAGAAUCUACCUGUCGGCCAACUCUGGUGCCAGAAUGGGCAUGGCCGAGGAACUUAUUCCUUACUACAAGGUCAACUGGAUCGACCCAUCCAACCCAUCAAGAGGUUUCACGUAUUUCUACCUGACGCCUGAAGAUCUGGCCGAGCUCGAAAAGACCGGCAAGGGCGGCUCCGUCAUCACAGAAAGAGUUGUCGAGAACGGCGAGGAGCGUCACGUGAUCACGGCCAUCGUCGGUGUGGAAGACGGGCUCGGAGUCGAGUGUUUGAAAGGGUCUGGUCUGAUUGCCGGUGGCACGGCCCGGGCAUACAGAGACAUCUUCACGCUGACACUGGUCACGUGUAGAUCUGUUGGUAUCGGUGCCUAUUUGGUGAGACUUGGCCAGAGAGCCAUUCAGGUGGAAGGACAACCUAUUAUUCUGACGGGUGCUCCGGCCAUCAACAAAGUUUUGGGCAGAGAGGUUUACUCGUCCAACUUGCAACUGGGAGGCACGCAGAUCAUGUACAGAAACGGUGUUUCGCACAUGACCGCAAGAGAUGACCUGCAGGGUGUGGAGAAGAUCAUGGAGUGGCUGUCGUAUGUGCCUGCCAAACGCGGGCUGCCUGUUCCGAUUUUGGAGUCACGUGAAGACCCAUGGGACAGAGACGUUGUUUACAGGCCGGUGAAGAACGAGCCGUACGACGUGAGAUGGCUGAUUGCUGGAAGAGAGACCGAGGACGGCUUCGAGCCUGGUCUUUUCGACCGCAACUCGUUCCAGGAGGCUCUUGCCGGCUGGGCCAGAGGUGUGGUUAUUGGAAGAGCCCGUCUGGGUGGUAUUCCAAUGGGUGUGAUUGGCGUUGAGACCAGAACCGUGGACAACCUUGUUCCUGCGGAUCCUGCCAACCCGAACUCGACCGAGCUGCUGAUUCAGGAGCCGGGCCAGGUUUGGCAUCCAAACUCAGCCUACAAGACGGCACAGGCCAUCAGAGACUUUAACAACGGAGAACAGCUGCCACUGAUGAUCAUCGGUAACUGGAGAGGUUUCUCUGGAGGCCAGAGAGACAUGUACAAUGAGAUCCUCAAAUACGGUUCUUACAUUGUGGACGCGCUUGUGGACUUCAAGCAGCCGAUCUUCAUCUACGUUCCUCCUACUGGUGAACUGAGAGGUGGAUCGUGGGUCGUUGUGGAUGCCACCAUCAACAAGGACAUGAUGGAGAUGUAUGCAGACGUGGACGCUCGUGGAGGCAUCUUAGAACCCGCUGGUGCAGUCAACAUCAAAUACAGAGAAAACAAGCUGGUGGUCACGAUGGACCGUCUGGACGACAAGUGCAAGCAGCUCCGUCAGCAGCUGUCUGCUGAGGGCCUUGCCGACGAAGAAAAGACCAAGCUCACCAAAGAGUUGAGCGAAAGACAUAGGGAAUUGAUGCCUAUUUACUCGCAGAUUGCCGUGCAAUUUGCCGAUCUUCACGACAGAUGCGGACGCAUGCUUGCGAAGGGCGUGAUCCGCAAAGCUCUGGAGUGGACCAAUUCUCGUCGCUUCUUCUUCUGGCGUGUGAGAAGAAGACUGAACGAUGAGUAUCUGAUCGCCAAAAUUGCCGAGCAGCUGCCACAAUCCACCAGACUGGAGAGAGUUGCCAGACUAAACUCGUGGUAUCCAUCUUCGCUGGAUCUCGAGGACGACAGAGCCGUGGCCACCUGGACCGAGGACAACCACAAGCUCCUGGAGAACAACCUCAAGAAAUUGAAGGGAGAUGCGGUCAAACAGACUCUGGCCAGACUGUUCCGCACCGACAUGAAACACACGGCCGAGGGGCUUUCGGAGAUCUUGUCUCUGUUGCCUGCCGAGGACCGUGAGGCAAUUUUGAAAGAGCUGAAGCACUAA